CACAACCUCGGGCGGGGGAGUCGCGGAAACCCGAGCCCGCCCGCCAGGCUCUGCCUCCCCCGCGCGGCCGGCCGGCGGACCGACUCACCUUGCCCUCCACCUCCAGGCAGAGCCCGUCCGCGAUCUCCCGGAUCUUGUAAAUGUCGGAGAACAUCUCAUCAUCUGUUCGGGGACAGGGAAUCACUCAUCACGGUGCGCCGGCACCGAGGCCUGGAGCCGGCUCCGCCAUUUCCCGCGCCGGGCAGGCGCACGCGGCCCCCUGCCCCGCCCCAGCGCUCGAGACCCGGGCGCUUCCCCGGCACCGAUCCCUCCUCGCCCCCGGAAAGGUGAAGAAACUGAAAUUGAUAAGAUUACAGCCACUGGCCAGAGAUAAAGUGAUGAUCCUGCCUCAGUUUCCAACAGUAGGGAACAGAACAAAGGAGGGUGGCCAACGGGGUUGCCUCUGAAAGUUUAAAAUCAGGAAGCACCAGCAUCUGACGGACACGGUAGCAUCCUGAUUUGGUGUUCCUGCUUAGGAUGCAUAGUGGUGAGACUAGUGUAGUGUCGCAGAGGCCUUAUUCCUGCCAGGAGAAGGCCUUCACAGACCAUUACCAGGUCUUGAAGGACAUUGGGUACGGAUUGUUUUGUCAAGUCAAACUAGCUCGCCAUCUGCGCACUGGAGCUGAGGUGGCAGUGAAAGUCCUGCCAAGGAGCAUGUGGAAGACUUUGGUCCUCCCUGAAAUACGGGCAAUGAAGACCCUGAACCACCCGAACGUGAUCCAGCUCUUUCAGGUGAUUGAAACCUGCAAACAGAUCUACAUCGUGAUGGAGUACGGGGUUAGAGGAACUUUAUUUGACCUCAUCCUGCCUGGGGGCAUUCAGGAGAAUGAGGCCAAGAGACUGUUUAGGCAGAUCACGUGUGCAGUGUGCUACUGCCACAAGAUGCACAUCUUGCAUGGAGACCUGAAGCCCGAGAACAUUGUGCUGGAUGCCAAAGGCAACAUCCGAAUCAUCGACUUUGGCUUAAGCACCAUGUUCAAGCCUGGGCAGAAGCUGACCCAGUUUUGGGGCACUCUGGAGUACCAUGCCCCCGAACUUGUGCGCAAGGAAGUACAUGAGGGUCCCCCAGUGGACAGCUGGAGCCUGGGUGUCAUUUUGUAUUUUAUGUUGACUGGACACCGCCCAUUUAAGGCAUCCAGCAAGAAGAGGCUAAGGAAGAAGAUCUUACACCCCAAGGUGAAAUUUCCCCAGCAUGUCUCGGCCGAAGCACAAAGACUCUUGAAGAAAAUCUUGAUAGUGGACCCUAGAGCAAGGCUCUCGGUAGAGGAAAUCUUGGCGGACCCGUGGCUGAAUCAGGAUGAGGAGAAUUUAUCUUACCAUGAUGUGCCCCUCCCCAACCUCUCAGACCCCACAGUACUGACAAUGCUGUUCGACAUGGGGUACGACCCUUACAGUACCUGGGUGUCACUGUCCCAGAAAAAGUUUGAUGAGGCGAUGGCUUCCUAUCUCAUAAUCCAGCAGCAGAUAAGCCAGGGGGCAGGCUGCAUGAAGCCUGUGAGAAGGGAUCCUUCCAUUUCCCCUGCCCUCCCGCAGAGGAGGGCGAGUGAGCCUGCCCUUCACACCUUCCCCCUGCCCUGUGAGCAUCAUCAGCCUCAGGAGGCCAAGGAGUCAGGGCAGAAGGGCUUCAGAAGGGCCAGCUGGCCUGCCAUUAGUCUCUGCUUCCUGCAUGAGAAGCCCCCCACUCCCAGGUUAGCCUCCCAGCAUCACUCUAUGUUCAACUCACCCCAACCCUGGCCAUCAACAGACAGCCAUGUCACCCAAGAUGCCACCACAGGGUGUCCCUGGGGCCACAGGAAGGGCUGGAAGCGGGUGAGGCAGAGGAUCGCUGCCUCCUUUCGCGUACUGUGCUGUAGCACAUCCUCAUGUGUUGGCGAAAACGAGGCUCCUACAAGGAGAUUAGAAUCCUAUGUUACUACAGUUCAGAUGGACCAAACGAAGAAACAGCCAGCCAGAGGACCUUUUGCUCUGUGGAUGCUGUCAUCACUAUGUGGGCAUUGGUCAUGUGGACCCCAACAGCUGCAGGACUGAGAGUGCACACUGGUUGGGCUUCUCCACAUAGGGUCCAGCCAGGAGCACACCUGGAUCUACCUGGACAUCAGGCGUCUCCCUUGCCUUCACCUGCCAGGGACAUCAGAUGAGACUAUUUACCCUGGGACCCUUCCCCUACUCUGCUCUUCUCUGUCCUCUCUCCCAUGCUCUUGUUAUGGCAGAGAUA